GAUCUCCAGCUGACUUUGAAGCUUUGAGAAGUCAGAUUAUUCAAUUUAAUACUGGAGAUACUGUUCACAACUUCACCCUCACUAUUGCAAAUGAUGGGAUAUGUGAGGUUCCAAAUGAGAACUUCAUUGUAAAAAUUACUGUGGUUAUUGGCAUCCAACCUAUCUUCAUUACUACGCAUCGAGCACAUGUGAUAAUCAAUGAUAUGAAUGAACCAGAGUGUGUUCCAACCGUAUCUUUUUCUUCGGAGACAUAUGUCGCAGCCGAGAGUGCAGGAUCUGUUGAAGUGUGUGUAAUUCUAAACAUUCCUUACAGUUUUGUUCUGGAGUUCACAGUUAAUGCUAGAGAUAUUGGAAGUGCGACAGCUGGUGUGGAUUUUGUUGGUGGGAAAUGGAAAACCAACAUACUCCCUGGAUCUACAGACCGCUGCAUUAACAUCACCAUUUUGAAUGAUAACAUUGCGUUGGAAGAAAAUGAAAAUUUUGCAGUGGAAAUAGCGAUGGCUUCUGUGCCAAGCAUAACAUCAACUGCUGAGAUUAUCAUUACUGAUAGUAACGUUGCUAUUGUCGAACUUGAAGAGACACUGUACCGAGUGACUGAAGCAGGAGGAAGUGUCCAAGUGUGUGUUAGAGUUGGAAGUCCCUGCAGCUGUGGAUGUCCUAUUGCUUCCGCCUUUGUUGUCAGUCUCUAUACUAAUGACGAUGAUGCAGAUUCUGUAACUGAUUACUCUGCUGUCACGGCCACUUUAAGUUUUCCACCUUGUUCUACAUUGCAAUGUGUCACCAUUGCUAUCACUGAUGACUCCAAUACUGAACCUGAUGAGUCCUUCUCACUCAUCUGGAGAGAUCACCUGGUCUUGACAGCAGGAUCACGCUAGCUUCCUCCGCUGGCAGUGUUCUAAUACUCAAUGAUGAUGAUUUCUUGUGUACUGCUAGAGGUUUUCCUGAAGUUACGGUGAUUGACUGCACUGGUAUCACCUGGGUCUUCUUUGCAGUGUUCUUUAAUGGAGGACAGUCUCACUCGUGCAAUGCGCCAUGGUACUGACUAGGAUAGUCAGUCCUCUGGUAUCAAUCUGUGAGGAUUGUAAGCAGCGCUGGAGAAGAAAGUACUGUAUCAUAUGCAUUCGCUACUGCUGAUCAGUUACUGCAUUCUUACCACCCUUGGAGGUCAUUCUAAACGGUGGUUCCCCUCUUGUGACUGAGAGCUUGUGGAGGCAGUGUUUGUAACCACCAGACCAGUGAUGGAGGAGGUGCUUCCUCAGAUAUGA